AAGCCGUCCAUCACCCCCAACUCCAGCUUCUACCAGCCGUUUGGCGCCUUCAAGUACGAUCUCAAGCACGGCGUUCACUUCCCCGAGCCCCUCGGCCACGAUCUGUGCAUCAUCGAUCUCGACAACCGCCCCUUUGAUGCGCCCAACCAGAUUUUCGGACCCAAUGUCAUGAGCUGGGAGAAGGACGCAGAAAAGGUCCACGGCCUGUCUGUGGGCGUGCUGAACCACUGGCUCUAUGCCAAGAUUCACGGUUACAAGUACUACUUUGUCGCCAUUGAGAAGCCCGAGGAUCGCCGCGCCUCGUGGAAAAAGGCCCCCGUCAUCUCCACCAUCCUCAAGGAGCACAAGACCUGUCUGUACCUCGACUCCGACGCCAUCUUCCAGAACCUCGACCUUCCCUUUGAGUGGCUGCUGAACUUUUGGAACCUCGAUCCGCGCAACAACUCCCUGGCCCUGGCCGUGGACCCCAACCGCGAGUACAACAAGGACAAGUUCGGCAAGCUCAUGCUCAACACCGGCUUCAUCGUUGCGCAAAACAACCCCAAGACGUACGAGAUCAUGGACGCCUGGGCGGGAUGCCCCGAGGAGGACGGCAAGCACCCCGAGUGCGUCGAGUUCCGCACCAACUCGCCCGGCCGGCCCACGGACCAGGGCGGCUUUGGCACCUUCAUCCGCUAUGACUACCCCGACGACAUCAGGCAGCUGCCCUGUACUGACGCCAACGGUUUCCCUAACAGCGAUUCCGAGUGCGAAGGACGCUUCAUCCGCCACCUGUGGACCGGAAAGGACAGCUGGAUCAAGGUGUUUGUCGGCCAGCAGGUUCCCGGACGCUAUCUCGAGCUCUUCCACAAGGAGUUCCUCGAGGACAAACCCAACUUUUACAUUACCGAAAAGGAUCUGAUGGCCAAGAGCGCGUCCAAGGACGACGAGUGA